AUGAUUUGGCGACGACUCGAGCAUAUCAUGCUGGGGUUGAGCCUGCUGCUCACAGUCGUGGGUAGUGGUGCAGUGGCCCUUAUGAUACCAGACGUGCCCAGUGUGCCCACUUCUUACGGCAGUCAUGUCACCUACGUCUCAGAUCCUGGCUCGCCAAUUCCCAUCUCUGGUGACCUCCUCUAUUCAUAUCCACUGCAGAGCCAGCUUCUCUGGCUCAACGAGACGGACGGCCUGCCCCAACUCCACAUCCACUACUACAACCUCAACCUGGCUGUCACGGUGCUCUGCAACGAUACUGCCUGCAACACUGGAACUUGCAAGACUCAAAACACGACAGAACCCAUGAUGCUUAGCCGUUUGCCUCCAGGGGCUACCUUUCAGCAGAACCAAACCCGUGAUGGGCAGACAGUGGAGGAAUGGAGCCUUACCGAGGAUGUGCGCGCCAUGUACAUCUGGUCCAUCCUCACCAACAGCUUUGACACGGACAAAAACAUGAGCCUGGACCAGAUGACCGUCAUGCUGGGCCGUUAUCCUUACGGUGUGACCACAAACUACAUCUUCACCGACGUCGUUCGUCAAAACGAUCCCUUCACGCCGGAUGACUUUGCACCCCCUGACUUUUGUCACAUCUCCCUACCGACUUUUACCGAGCUACCCGUAUUCGGCUAUGUUCUGGACGCCGCUUCAUACCAACCUCUGCCCUUUGCCAACCUCUCCAUCAGCCCUGGUGGAGGCCAGCGCCACCGAGUACAGGCUGACUUUAAUGGCCGCUACAACUUUGUUGCCCGCGUCAACCAAGAUGCCAACGUCACUCUCUUGGACCCCCAUUUCGCGCCCACAACUUUUUUCAUCCCUGUUGGAGUCGCCCCCAUUCCCUCGAAUACGUUGGCAGACCUCGCCGUCUCCACCAGUCUACAGUCCACCUCCUUUCGCAUUGUUGUCACGUGGACCGAGUUCCCAGCGGACCUCGACUCGAUCCUGGACACACCCUCUGGCUGCCAAGUCAAUUACACCAAUCGUGCCUGCGGUGCCAACGACGCUGCACAGCUUGCACGUGAUGAAACCGCAGGCUACGGCCCCGAGACCAUUACCGUGGACGCACGGGCUCAGAAAGGUCUCUACGCUCACUCUGUUCGUGUUGAAAAUGGCGAUCGCUUUGACGGCGCGGCGGCGAUUGCACGACUCUACAUUGGUAACCGCAUGGCCGCCAUGCUGCCAGCCAAUCCUGACAAGGACCAAGAAGCCGAUGUCUGGAACACAUUUGCUGUGGAAUUCACAGCGGAUGGCACGCUUGACUAUCACGUGAUCAACAGCUUCACCACUUCUUCAAAUACCCUAUCGAUUGAGCAGAGUUAA